AGGAGACGUGGGGAGCGUGAGGUUCCUGUCUCGCUGAGACCGGAGCCAGUUGAGGGGCACAUAAGACAGCUGGGCGGAAAUUAGGCCCCUAUUGGAUUUGGGUCCGUUCCAGUUUGCACAUUCUGAGUGUGAGAACUUAAGAGCUCAGUGGACUGUGAGAGCUUGGCCCAGAAGUUGAACUGCAGCUUUCAGCUCUCCAGAGGAACUGCAGUGGUGCGCCUGCCCCGCAGUAGGUCUUCCAUCCCCACCCUCUACCCGCCUUUUCCACUGUUCCCAGGAGCUGUGGAAAGAAAUCCUUUUGUCCUCUCCCAUGGCCUCUGGAACUGUUGGAAACCUUUCCUUUAACCAGAAAGGCUCCAUACCCUCAUUAAAGAAUCCCUCGCUCGGAGUCUUCCUUUUUUCUCCCAAAUCUUCCUUCUCCCGGUUCUUACUCCCCUGGGCUCUCCUAAAGCAGAACCAGGAGUUCCCACCUCUGCUGUCUCCAGUUGUCUCUUCCCUGUACUCAUGGCAGCAUCAGCUGCCAGCCCCAGUUCACCCCUACGGGCCAAGGACCUCUUGAGUGAGUCAUCAGAAGCCCCUGGGCUGAACCAAGUGUCCUCUGAGGUGACCUCCCAGCUGUAUACUUCUUUGCACCUCAGUCGUGAGGCAGAGAGCACAGCCCGAGCCCAGCUGUAUUUACCUGCCGCCUCCCCACCUCCCCAUGAGGUGUUGGAUGGCUUGGCCCAAGAACUGAGUCACAGCUUGUCACUGGGAUUGGAGAACAACGUGAAGAAAAAGGUGAGGGAGGAUGGUUCCAGGCAUAUCUUUGAGAUGGAGAGUGUUCGGGGUCAACUCCAGAGCAUGCUCCAAACCUCACGUGAUGCGGCUUAUCGGGAUCCCCCGAUUCCAGGUGCUGACUCUGAGAGACGGGAAGAGGACUCCUUUGACAGUGACAGCACAGCCACCUUGCUUAACACCCGACCGCUGCAAGGCUUGUCUCCAUCCAGCUCAGCCCAGGCCUUUGAGGAGUUGUUCCCCCGCUACACCAGCCUUCGGCCAGGGCCCUCACUCAACCCCCCAGAUUUUCAGGGACUGAGAGAUGCACUGGAUUCAGAGCAUACUCGUCGCAAGCAUUGUGAGCGCCAUAUUCAGAAUCUGCAGACCCGUGUCCUUGAGCUUCAGCAACAGUUAGCCGUGGCCGUGACUGCUGACCGAAAGAAAGAUAUCAUGAUUGAACAACUGGACAAGACCCUGGCCCGCGUGGUGGAGGGCUGGAACCGGCAUGAAGCUGAGCGGACAGAGGUGCUUCGGGGACUCCAGGAGGAACGGCAGGCAGCUGAACUCACUAGAAGCAAGCAGCAGGAGACAGUAACCCGCCUGGAGCAAAGCCUUUCUGAGGCCAUGGAGGCCCUGAGUCGUGAGCAGGAAGGUGCCCGACUGCAGCAACGGGAAAAAGAGACACUGGAGGAGGAGAGGCAAGCUCUGACCCUGAGCUUGGAGCUAGAACAGCAGCGCUGCCGAGUCCUGCAGGAAGAACGGGAUGAGGCCCGGGCUGGGCAACUCAGUGAGCGUCGACAGUUGGAGACACUGCAGGUGGCCCUCGAAGAAGAACGGCGGAGCUGGGCCCAGCAGGAGCACCAGCUGAAGGAACGCUACCAGGCGCUGCAGGAGGAGAGCCAGGCUCAGCUGGAAAGGGAGAAGGGGAACACCCAGAGGGAGGCCCAGACCGCCCGGGAGGCCCAGCAGCAGUUGGCCUUGGUGCAGUCUGAGGUGCGGCGGUUGGAAGGAGAGCUGGAUACAGCUCGGAGAGAGAGAGACGCCCUACAGCUGGAGAUGAGCCUGGUGCAGGCCCGGUAUGAAAGCCAGCGGAUCCAGAUGGAGUCGGAGCUGGCAGUGCAGCUGGAGCAGCGGGUGACCGAGCGGCUGGCACAGGCGCAGGAGAGCAGCCUUCGGCAGGCAGCCUCCCUGAGGGACCAUCACAGGAAGCAGCUGCAGGAGCUGAAUGGACAGCACCAACAGGAAUUGUCCACCCAGUUGGCUCAGUUCAAGGUGGAAAUAGCAGAGCGGGAGGAGCGGCAGCAGCAGGUGGCUCAGGACUAUGAGCUCAGACUGGCCCGGGAGCAGGCGCGAGUGCGGGAACUGCAGAGUGGGAACCAGCAACUGGAGGAACAGCGGGUGGAGCUGGUGGAGCGGCUGCAGGCCAUGCUGCAGGCCCACUGGGAGGAGGUCACCCGGCUGCUCAGCACCACCACCCUGCCGCCCCACCCCCCGGAUCCCCCCGCUGGCCCCUCCAGCCCUGGGCUGCAGGAACCAGAGAAGGGGGAGAGGAGGAUCUGGACGGUGCCCCCCAUGGCUGUGGCCCUGAAGCCCGUGUUGCAGCAGAGCCGGGAAACGCGGGAGGAGCUGCCUGGGGUGCCGCCGCCUGUUCUCUGCAGCCCCUCUCCAGAUCUUAGCCUCCUGCUAGGCCCCACUUUCCAGAGCCAGCAUUCCUUCCAGCCCCUGGAGCCAAAGCCGGACCUCACGUCUUCUUCAGUGGAGGCCUUCUCUGCAGUUGGGACCUUCCAUCCGGAUCACCGGGCAGAGCGACCAUUCCCUGAGGAAGACCCUGGGUCUGAGGGGGAUGGCUUCCUGAAGGAAGGCCUGCCACCCCCUUCCCAGCUGCAGGGCCUCAAGCAUUUUUUACACCAGCUGCUGGAGACUGCACCCCAGAGCCACGAGAAUCCCUCCGUCGAUCAGCUUCCCCCUAAGCCUGGUCCUCUGACUGCCUCAUCUUGGGAGGAAACCCCUCAGGUGCCACGCCUCCCUCCCCCUGUCCAUAAAACUAAAGUUCCCUUAGCAAUGGCGUCCAGUCUCUUCCGGGUCCAUGAGCUUCCCUCAGCCCCUUCACAGAGCUGUGGUCCCAGCGGUGGCUCCCCAGAGAGAGGUGGAGAUGGGCCCGCAUCCUCGAGGCAGCUGAUGGAAGUGUCUCAGCUGUUACGACUUUACCAAGCUCGGGGCUGGGAGGCGCUGCCUGCCGAGGAUCUGCUGCUUUACCUGAAGAGGCUGGACCACUGCGGCGGCAGGACUGACAGCCGAGGGGAAAAUGCCCCCAGAAGGAACACAGACUCCCGCUUGGGUGAGAUCCCCCGGAAAGAGGCUCUCCCUCGGCGCCUCGCUGUAGCCCCUAAGACUGACAAACCUCCAGCUCGGAAGAAAAGUGGGCACCCCGCCCCUGGUGGUGUGAGAAGUCGGGGGGGAAUCUGGAGAUAAGCCCUUCACCUUUCUCUUCCUUGGCCUCUUCUUAUUUUUAUUAUUAUUAUUUUAAUAAAUCUGGUAGUCUGUAUUAGAGUCUCUGACUCAUAGGCACUCAGAAAAG